UCCGAUUGCGUGCCACUUGACUUUCGCAAAGUCUACGAGUAUCAAAGAGAUGCAAGCAACACCUGCAGACCGAAUACAGAGCAUCUGCUCUUUCGUCUGGCAGAUGUCUUUCUUAGGACCUGGGAUCUAGGGUUUACUGCAUUCGGCGGACCACCCGUGCAUUUCCAGAUCUUGCAUCAGCGGUUUGUGGAAAGUAAAGGCGGAUAUGCUGCUUGGGUUGAUGAUCAGACUUAUCAAGAGCUUUUUGCUGUGGCGCAAGCGCUGCCUGGGCCGGCAAGUACAAAGAUGUUGUUCAGUCUUGUCUUGUAUCAUGCUGGCCCGAUAUGCGCUGUUUUUGCUUUCUUUGUCUGGAGUCUUCCUGGCGCUGUGGGCAUGUUUUUGCUCGCUAUUGGCGUCGGCAAGAUUAGUGAGGUCUUGCCGGGCCCGGUGUAUGGCUUACUAUCCGGUCUGAGUGCAUCGACUGUUGGGAUUGUUGCUUUGGCGGCCGUACAGGUGACCAUCAUCGACCCUCUAUCUCGUGUAUUGGUCAUUUUCGGUGCUUGCGCUGGACUUUGCUACACGGCAUUGUGGUACUUUCCCACUUUGGUGUGUAUAGGCGGUGCGGUGGCAGGACUCUGGGACCUCUAUCUUAGUCGUGCGAUUGGCAAAUUGCGUGCCAAACGGCAUCAGAAACGCAUCAAUGAACACCGUGUUGUGGAAGAGAAUCACUCGGCAGAAGCAACUUGUAUUCCCUUACAGGACAUGUCGACAGCACAAGCAUCAUCAUCAACACAGCUGCGGAUGGCAAACCCCAACGAUCGAGCUACCAAACUUACGACUACGGAUACGUCCGCCGCCGAGCAUGUUGUCGUGGCAGGGACGCCAGAACCUCAAGACAAUGGUCACGCUUACUCCUUCUCUCUGUGGCAAAGCAUCGCAAUUGCUUUGCUCUUCUUCAUCACUUUCGCUGCCACUCUCAUCUCUCGUGGUACUAUCUCCUCUCCGCCCUUGCUCCUCGACCUCUUUGCAAACAUGUACCUAGCCGGCACCAUCAUCUUCGGCGGCGGCCCCGUCGUCAUCCCUCUCCUCCGCGAAUACACCGUCCAACCGAACUGGGUCUCGUCCCGCGACUUUCUCAUCGGCCUCGCCAUCAUCCAAGCUUUCCCAGGCCCUAACUUCAACUUUGCCGUUUACCUCGGCGCUUUGGCUAUGCGUGCUUCAAAUACUGCACAAGGAUUAUCCGGCGCAGUUGUAAGCUUCGUCGGUAUCUUCCUCCCCGGGCUUGCUCUCAGCGCCGCCGUAUUAGGCAUCUGGCGCAUCGUACGCACCAAAGCGGUUGUUGCGAGUGUGCUUCGCGGUAUCAAUGCCACAGCAGUGGGCUUGGUGUUUACCGCUGUAUACCGGCUUUGGGAGAUUGGAUACCUGACUCCAGAAUCGGGGCAGGGCAAGAGUUUGGCUAAUGAGCCUUGGUGGGUUGUUGUUGCUGCGGUGGCUUAUUCUGGGGCUGCGUGGUUUAGGGUGCCGCCUGCGGUUGCGAUUGUCUUGGGUGCGGUGUUGGGGUUGUGUUGGUAUGGUGUUGUUGGAAAGAGCGAUUUGGGAGUG